AUGGUCGCUGGUGACCAGACACCGACGACGCCGCCGGUCCCUUUGCAGCCAAUCCACCCGUUCUUCGAUGCGGCCGGGGCCGCAGCCGCAGCCGAGGCCGAAGCCGUCCAAUACGGCACGUUCAUGACCCUCAUCACCAAAAACGACAUGCUCUAUUCGGGCGUGCGGGAGGACGCCGACGCGUCGCCCAACCUGAUUGCCUUCCAUCUCGCCACGAUCCGCGAGCUCGCCGGAUCUGAGCAGCAGAUGCAGGCCGCAUACCGUCUUCACAGUGGCCAGCAAUCGGCAUUGCGGCCGGUCAUGGAGACUGAUUUGCCAAUGGAGGGCUAUUUCGGCCAAAAAGACCGCAUCAACGAGUUCCGCACCUAUUAUGCACGCCGCCUUAUCAACCCCGGCGCACCACUGCGCGACAACCUCGUCGCCGAGCUGUUCCAAGGCGGCUCCAGGCCCUUGUGGAUGGGCCUGUUUGGCUGCUACGGCCUGCCGCUCGUCCACUUGAGCGACUCGUUCGAGAUAAAAGCAGCCACCUACGCCAAGCAAGCCCUGGCCCUCGCCGCCAGCCACCUGGACGACAGCCUGUGCAGCUUGUUUGCUGCCAUUGCCGCCGACUCCCGCCGCCGGUCGGCGCUCUUUGGGUCGAAUGCUGCUGCUGCUGCUGGCGCGUCCCGACACGGCCGGCAACCGCAGCCCAAGUGGACGUGCGAUCCGCUGUCGAUCCUGCGCGACCUCUCCCGGGACGGCCGCCUGUCCGGGCUGCCGCUCGUGCUGCCGGGGUACACGAGCCAUGCGGCGGCCGGGCGGCCCUGGUCCAGCGUGCCGGUUGUGGGACAGGUCGUGCUGGAGAGCGUCUGGCGCUGGGACCUGGCCGAGACGGUCGACCCGCUGGACGCCCUCGAGGAGCUCGGCCGCGUGACGACCGUCGCGCUGGCCUGCGGGACGCACAAGACACCGGGCGCCGCCGAGUUUGAUGUCUACCUGUGCUUUCUGCCGACGCUCGUGCUCGCGCUGCGCGUGUUUCUCGCCGCCGUCCGCCUGCAGUACCCGGCCGUCAGCGAGAUUGCCCUGGUCCUGGUGCGCUGCCUGUGGGCGCAGAUUGUGCUGGUGUACAUUUUGCAGCUGCGGCCCAACGUGGCAGCGACAGCGACAGCGACAGCGACAGCGACAGCGACAGCGACAGUGGCGACGCCGACGCCGACGCCGACGCCGACACCGCCCGAGCAAAGCACCGCUCCGUCUGCAACCCCCCCCGACGACGACCACUUUUUGUUCCGCGCCUUCUACGACGACACGGCACUGGACCAGCCGCGGCACCAGGACGCCUUUUACCUGCGGGCGCUGCGCAGCUUUGCCAUGCUGGCGGCGACCGAGCGUAAUCCGGCGUGGAGGGCACGGAUCGACAACGCGGCCGUGAAGCUGCAGGUAGGCUGGCAGCGCUGGCUCGGCCUGGGCCCGGGCGAGGCGGCGACGCUGGAUAUCCGACUGUAG